AGCUUUGCCCAUUUUCUCUCGCCCCCAUGACACCCUCAUCGCAAUUACCCCACUAAUCAGGGGAACUAUCUUUGGAGGCUUAUUAGUCACAAGUCGUCAGUGACUCACGGCGGUGAAAUGUAAAACCCUCGCUGCCAAAAUUAGAUUGGUGUAAAAGUUGACAUGCGGCCAGCAAUCUCUUGUGCUACAUUAAAGGCGUUCAACCCUCAUAACCCUUGAAAUGGUGUCACCUGAGCUGCCUCAGCUCCACACCUCUCCUCCCAUGGCUAAACCCGCCGCACGGAACAAAGCCUCUUUCUCGCUCGCCGACAGUCUUCUCUUUCUCGGCGGAGCAUUUGUCGCUCUUUUGCUUGUUUGGAGCCUCUGGUCCAUCGUUAGCCCUAGCCCCAACCCCACCGGAAUUUUCGGGACCUUCGGCUUAGGCGGCUCUCAAUCCAAGUCCAGCAUUGAUUCGCGAAAUUGCGGGGCGGAUGUUGACCGGCGCUACGACCCGGACGAGACGACCUUCUACGACGAACCGGAGAUGAGCUACUCGCUUGGGAAACCGGUCAAGGACUGGGACGAGAAGCGGAGAGAGUGGCUGAAGCAGCAUCCGUCGUUCGCCGCCGGAGCACGUGAUCGCGUUCUUAUGUUGACUGGAUCGCAGCCGUCGCCUUGUAAGAAUCCCAUCGGCGACCACUUGCUGCUGAGGUUCUUCAAGAACAAGGUUGACUACUGUCGGAUCCACGGCUGCGAUGUCUUCUACAACAACGUCUUUCUGCACCCGAAGAUGGUCUCGUACUGGGCCAAGCUUCCAGUGGUCAGGGCCGCCAUGCUAGCCCACCCGGAGGCCGAGUGGAUCUGGUGGGUUGAUUCGGACGCGUUGAUCACGGACAUGGAUUUCAAGCUCCCCCUGGACCGCUACAAGGAUCACAACCUUGUCGCUCACGGCUGGUUCCACGUGAUUUACGAUGAGAAGAGCUGGACGGGCCUGAACGCCGGGGUGUUCCUCAUACGGAACUGUCAGUGGUCCAUGGACCUAAUAGACGUGUGGGCAGGCAUGGGCCCGCAGAGCCCGGAAUACCACAAGUGGGGCCAAAUCCUCAGAUCAACGUUCAAGGACAAGCUGUUCCCGGAGUCGGACGAUCAGUCGGCCCUGAUUUACCUGAUCUACAAAGAGAAAGCAAAAUGGGCGGACAAGAUUUAUUUAGAGGGCGAGUACUACUUCGAGGGUUACUGGCACGAGAUACUGGGGACGCUGGAUAACAUCACCGACAGGUACACGGAUAUGGAGAGAGAGGACGCCACACUGAGGAGGAGGCACGCGGAGAAAGUGAGCGAGCGAUACGCUGCGUUUAGGGAAGAGCGUCAUCUGAAGGAGGCUGGGAACGGAAGAGGGAGCUGGAGAAGGCCGUUCAUCACGCACUUCACGGGGUGUCAGCCGUGCAGCGGGAACCACAAUGAGAUGUACACUGGGAACUCGUGCUGGGAUGGGAUGCGAAAGGCUUUGAAUUUCGCGGACAAUCAAGUGCUUCGCAACUUCGGUUUCGUGCACCCGGAUCCACUGGAUUCCUCCGUCUCGACUGUGCCGUUUGAUUACCCUUGGUAAAAACAAAGUAUUUACUAUUACCGUGUGAGAUACGGCGUGCCAUUGUGCAUUAAAAUCUAGUAGAGUAAGACUAUGAAAUGUAGGUUAUUGUUCAAAUUUACUUUUAAAAAUUAGUGCAUGAUCGAAGGAUAAUCUCCCUUAUGAUGGGAGAAUCAUGUUUUGUUCCUUUCUUUUCUAUUUUAAAAGAUAUUUAUUAGGUUA